AUGUAUAAUGGCAUCGGACUCCUGACCGCACGAGGGUCGGGCACCAGUGGGUAUGUCACGAACAACAAGUUCAACCUGCGAGGGAAUGCCUUCCAGCGCCGGGACGAACAGCGAGAGGAGCGAGGCCCAGACCAACGGCAGCCCAAUGCAGGCAUCCUUGAGCACAACAAGAAGCGGGCGGUCGAGCUGGAGGUGGAGGUCAUGCGUGCUCAGCUAGAGGACGACGGCACGCCCGAGGACGAGGUGGAGGAGAAGCUCAAUGCCUACCGGAGCCAGCUCCUUGCAAAGCUCAAGGAGGAAGCUAGCGCUGUAGCCCUACAACACAAGGAUGAACAGCUGAAGCAGGAGACGCACCAGAUAGCAGCCAGGAAGGUGGAGCAGAUGGGUCGCUUGCGAGGCGCUUUUGGCAUCGGGGAGACCAAGGAGGGCGACGCGUUCGACAGGGAGCUGCAGGACCGUCGGCGCCAGGAGAAGAUCGCCGAGAGGGAGAAUCGCGAGCAGGAGCGGAGGAAAGCUGCCAAGCGUGCCGAGAAGGAGAAGCGGCGGGCGGAGCGCGAACGUGAACGCGAGGCCAAGUCCACAGCCAAGGCAGCAAAGAAGGCCGCCAAGCAGACCAUCAAGGAUGCCAAGAAGGCUGCAGAAGAGGCAGAGGCAGCACGCCUGGUACGCUGA